AUGAUGUCGGUACAGACCCCCUCUCUCUCCCGCUCGGGUUCGUCACCCUCCAACGUGGGCGUGUCCAAUCGCGGCGGCCCGUCCGCCACGCCUCCCACCUCGCUCAGCCUGCGCUCCUCUUACAACCAGCUGCUCGGGCGCGACGCCGCCAAAGACUCUGACAACGGCGGUUCGUCUACGUUGCCCAAGAGUCGUCCGAGACACACCAUGACCAGCGUGCGUAGCGCCAUGGCCAUAAGCGAGAACUUAACGUCCAAAAAUCAAACGAGUCGGGGAAGAGGCCUUCCGAAGAAGUCCUCAUCUAGUUCUGCUCUUUACUCCUCCUCCUCUUCAUCAUCGUCCAUCUCCAAACUGGCCAAGAACGGAGCCAACAUGCAGAGACGCGCCGAGAGCCAACAGCUGGAGCUGAGCCGAGCCGACGCGGAAAGCAAAAUCCACGACGAGCUGACGGACAACUCCGAGUUUGAGAAAGACAACUCCCAGCCGUUCCGAAGACGGACAAAGAGCUUCUUGGAGUACCACGACGAGAGCUGGGAACUAAGUUGGGGAAACAAGGAGAACGAGGAGGAGAAGAAGAAGCAGCUGACUUUCCCGGAGAAAGAGCAGAGCCCCAUCAAGGAGAGGGAGAGCCAAAAAGAAGAAAAAGCCAAAGACGAGGCGGUGCCAGUGGUAGAAGAAGAAGAUGAAGACGUAGAAGAGCGAGCGUUAACGACAAGACAACCUCUCUUACCGGUCGUGGUGGAAGCCCCGCUAUGCUCUUCGUCUUCAUCAUCCGCUAACAGCCCGGAGUGGACGCCGGAAAACCACCGGGUCGGAGAGGAAGACCGCAGUCCCGCCAAGCCUCCUCGGAGCUCUCAACCCAGGGUGAUCAAGGUCGAGCUGCACCCCAACAACGAGAACCAGUUCCUGCAACAGCCGUCCCCUAAGCAGAACAGGGCCACCCCGACGAGAAACCGGGCACCCCCCGCUGCGCCCGAUUCCCAACCUGAGGUCGGAUUCCCUAAAGUGAGUUUAAGAAUGGACAUGACUCCCGAUACUCCAUCAGAAGAUGAAGAUUCCAGCUGGACUACCCUGUCGCAAGAGUCGCCUUCUCCGCAAAGUCCACAGGAGACAGCGGACGUUUGGGGCGAGGGGGACCUGCCUCCCGGCUGGCGGGAGAUCUCAGACUCAUCGGAGGUGUAUUUCUGGCACGUCCCCACCGGUACCACUCAAUACCACCGACCCGUUGCUACCGGCGAGACGGAGAACAAACAGCCACAGGAGACGCACGACUCGCUAAAGCCGCCUGACGAGCGCCCCAGCAGCCUCAUCUCAGACAGUUCCGUAGAGGCCGUCCCCUCCCCCUCUGGCUCCUCCCCAACAUCCCUCUCCUCCACGCUCUCCAAUGAUGUCAUCCCUUCUGCACCCAGUCUCAAUAGCACCACCUGCACGGUCAACGAGCUAAAAGACUACCCGAUCUAUCCUGAUCCCAGUCUGAAGGCAUUUGAAGGAGCGACACUCCGCUAUGCUUCACUCAAACUCAACCCUGCAGCUCCUCUUGAAACCGUGGACCUCAAUAAUACCUUUCCUGAUCCAGAAGCAAUGUCAUUUCCGGUGCGAUCUUUGGGCUGGGUGGAGAUGGCCGAACAAGAUCUGUGCGAGGGGAGGAGCAGCGUGGCCGUUCACCACUGCAUUAGACAGCUGUCCUACUGCAGGAGGGACAUCCGAGACUCGGCCGGCGUCUGGGGAGAGGGUAAAGGGAUGCUGCUGGUGCUUCAAGACCGCAUGUUGACUCUGGUUGACCCAGAUGACCAAAGCCUCCUCCAUUCCCAGCCAAUCAGCAGCAUUCGUGUGUGGGGAGUCGGACGUGACCAUGACAGAGAAAGGGACUUUGCCUACGUGGCGAGGGACAAGAACACGCGGGUGCUCAAGUGUCACGUGUUCCGAUGUGAUACGCCCGCCGCAGCCAUCGCCACAAGUCUUCAUGAAAUCUGCUCCAAGAUUAUGGCGGAAAGGAAAAGUGCCAAAUCUGCAGCUGGCAGCUCCUCCCAGACUGGCUCGGAUGUACCCCUACAAGAAUUUCCAAUACCAAAGACUGAGCUGGUGCAAAAGUUCCACGUGUUCUAUCUGGGAACGACCUCAGUGACUCGGCCCAUAGGUAUGGACAUCAUAAACGGAGCCAUUGACAGCCUGGUGUCCUCUACGGGAAAGGAGGACUGGACACCUGUUAUUCUGAGCAUCGCCGAUACCACUCUGGCUGUUAUCAAAGAAAAGGAGGAAGAAGAAGAAGCUUUGGUCGAGUGCCGUGUCCGUUUCUUAUCCUUCAUGGGAGUCGGGCGAGACGUCCACACGUUUGCUUUCAUCAUGGACACGGGAAACCAGCACUUCCAGUGCCACGUCUUCUGGUGUGACCCCAAUGCCGGAUGCGUGUCGGAGGCCGUACAGGCGGCGUGCGUGCUGCGCUAUCAAAAGUGUCUGGUUGCACGGCCGCCCUCGCAACGCGCCGGUUCUUCGUCCUCACCCGCCGCGGACUCCGUGAGCCGCAGAGUGAGCACCAGCGUCAAGCGUGGCGUCCAGUCCCUCAUAGACACUCUGAAAGCCAAGAAACCACCAUCAGAACUCCCUCAGCAAUGA